UUGAAGAACACCUGGUUCCACAGUGGUAGAUUCUCUCUGUAUGACGUCACUGAGAAACUACUUCAAGGUGAUCAUCAGACAACUGACCAGCAAGAUGAAGGGACCUACUGGUGUGGAGUGGACAAACCUAUAUACCUGACAGUUAUACCAAGGUAGAGCUGGAGUGAAGAAGGAUGACUGCUGUGAGAAGUCAGUCACAGAGACGGCCUAUCUGGGAGGAGAAGCUACCAUCAGAUGCAACUAUCCAGAGGACCAUGAGGACAGAAUCAAGUAUUUCUGCAAGGAACAAGAUCGCUUCAUCUGCAAUUUCAUGAACUCCAACAGCAACAAAAUAUCUGACCCCGUACAGCGAUUAUCUGUGUCUGACAACAGCAGAGAGAUAUUCUCCACAGUGACCAUCAGGGACCUGACUGAAGAUGAUACUGGGACCUACUGGUGUGGAGUAGAAACCAGCAGGACAGAACAACAUUACAUUACACUGAUCACACAGGUGAAGCUGCUUGUUAGAAAUUUGAGGAACAGACCUGUAAAGAAGACAAGACAUGUUGGGGAGGUCGUCAGUCUCUGGUGUAAAUAUCCACGGGAGAAUGAGGAGAAAGAGAAGAUAUUUUGUAAAGGGGACAGUCCUUCAACAUGUGAAGAUAAGAUAACAUCUAGGACACAGAACAAAAUGGCAGGCAAUGGCAGGUUUUCCCUAUUUGAUAACCGUGAGAAGACCAACUUCACAGUGCACAUCAAAGAGCUGAGACCAGAGGAUUCUGGGACAUACUGGUGUGGAUCUGAUAGAAGAUGGAGACCUGCAGACUACACUAGAUUUAUCCUCUCUGUGGUGGCACCAACCACCAUUAUCACAAAAUCAACAACAACUACAGCACUUCCAGCCACAACCACCUUCAUCUCAAAAUCAUCAUCAUCAUCAGCAUCAUCAUCACCAUCAUCAUCACUAUCACCAUCAUGUUUAGUGUAG